AUGCAGAUCGCUGCUUGCUUCCUAGGCCUUGCGGCUCUGGUCGCUGGUCACGGAUACGUCGACAAUGCUACCAUUGGAGGCACAUACUACCAGCCUUACCAAGACCCGUACACGAGCCCUACUCCCCAGAGAAUCUCUCGCCCGGUCCAAGGCAACGGCCCAGUUGAGAGCGUCGACUUGAUCGAUGUCCAGUGCGGAGGAUACACAGCCGGCGGCAUCUCGGGUUCGACACCCGCGGCCUUGCACGCUACCGCUGCAGCGGGAUCGACCGUCACCCUGCGAUGGACUCUCUGGCCCGACUCUCACGUCGGUCCCGUGAUCACCUACAUGGCACGUUGCCCCGAUACCGGUUGCCAGGCAUGGCAACCCGGCACUUCUGCCGUGUGGUUCAAGGUCAAGGAAGGUGGACGCACCGGAACCACCAACACCUGGGCUGAUACCCCCCUCAUGGUUGCCAACGCCGGCUACCAGUACACGAUUCCGUCCUGCUUGAAGUCGGGCUACUACCUCGUCCGCCACGAGAUUAUUGCUCUGCACGCCGCCUACUCAUACCCCGGCGCACAGUUCUACCCCGGAUGCCAUCAACUGCAGGUCACUGGUUCCGGCACCAAGACUGCGACUUCGCUGGUUGCCAUCCCCGGCGCGUACAAGUCGACUGAUCCCGGUAUCACCUACGAUGCCUACAAGGCCCAAACCUACACUAUUCCCGGCCCGGCUGUGUUCACUUGCUAA